AUGGCUCAGGGAAACCUUAAGUUGAAGUCCAAGGCCAAAGGCAGAGUCACAAAAAAGCAAUCUAACUUGCGAGCAGCUGCCCCUUUGAUUCUUAAACCCAAGAAAGCCACAGCUAAACAAGCUUUUAAGUUGAAGCAAUCUGUGGGUUCUUCUAUCGGGACAGAAAAGUUGAUUGCUAGCAGAGUUGGUCAUUUGGAACUUAUUAAAGGUUCGAGAAGACAAAUCGAAAAGGAAGACAAAGCUUCAAAGAAAAAGUCGGCCAAGUAA